CCCCGCCCCGCCCGCCGGGCCUUUCCCGCCCGCCGCCGCGCUGAGGUACCGGACGGUGAGGAGGCGCAUACCGGGCGGUGAGGCGGCCGCCCCCGCGGACCCCUGGCAGGCGCCGAGGUCCGCGCCCCGCAGGACGGAAGGCAGCCAGAGGCGCCCCCGCCCGCCUGCUGACAGUUCCAAGGACGCCUUUCAUCAUGAGCUCUUUUGAAGAAGCUGAAACUGAAGAAACAGUAACGUGUCUCCACAUGACCUUUUACCAUCCUUGCCAAGACAACAAGAUGAUGUUUCGUUGCUUGAAUUUCCGUAAGCGAGAACAGGUCAGGGCAGAUGAAAUGGCCAAGUUUGGCCGUGAUUCUAGCAUCUGCCGUUAUAAUUUAAUAGAUACUCGCGUUUCUCGGAUUCAGUUUUCACUGCAGUUUUACAGAAAACUGAACAGCUCAGAACUUUGUUUUGAGAUAAAGAACAUGAGCAAGAAAACAAAACUGAUUGUGGACCAAACAGAACUGGGUUACUUGAACAAAAUCGACCUGCCGUGCAAGUGCAUCAUAUGUUUUGGGGACUACCAGAUUUUAGCAGAGAUUCAAGAAGGGGAGUCCGUGGAUUAUUUUGAGACUCACUUACACAUGGCUGAAGUGCCAAUCUUACAAGAAAGAUGUGUGCCAUCCCUGCAACCUGUACAGGAGAAUGGCAUUUCUUCUUCGUUUCCUUCCCAAGGCAAAAGCCCCAUAGAGAUUGAUGAAAAUGAGUCAUGCUAGUGGGGAGGAGGAGGCCGGAUCCGAUUUUGAUAAUUUGAAACCUGCACAACUUCCAAAAUUGAAGGCUGUUAUCUCAGUCCACUGUUCUUGAUGGUUCUCACUGCUGCACAUCAGUCUUCUUGUUGUUGUUUUCAGAAUAGGCACACCAGAACAUACUUUAUUCAACAGUAACAGAUUCCUGCCACCAUCUUCACCAGGACACAUGUGCUCUCUGAUUGCCACUGUUUGCCACAAACAUGUAGGAGAGAGAGGGUCACACAAAUCCAUUGCAGCAGAUUCAAGAACUCUGAGCACAUGCCUUGAAGGUAUAUUCAACAGGCAUUAACAUGGAGCACACAGAACAGUGUUUGAGCCCCUGCUCUGACUAGCUAAGUAAGGAUGUAAAGUCUCACCGCAUGUGUUAUACUUUGUGCUUUGCUUUUGAUGUGAAAUUGCAAAAUGUUUUCAAGCCUAGGUUAUAACUUCCCAGAUUUUGCAGCUUAGAAAUACUUAGUCAGCAUAGUCCUUUAAAGUUAAUUUUUAACUUUGCAGUGAGAUUUUUCUUCUAUUUUUAAAACAAUUUUUUUCAAUUAACUCCUUUUGCUUGUGAAUGUAAAUAAAUAUGGAGUAUCAGUGAUCACUAUGUAAAAAUCCAGAUAAAUUUUGUAAUAAAAGCAUUUGGUUACCUCAUAA